AUGGUUUGUCGCGUUGUAGUUAGGAAAAAUUUCUUCGCGGUCGUUGAUAAUACAGUCAUAAUGCUGGCGAAAAUAUUUUGUUUACUGCUGGUGAUAUGUUCAGUGCAGAGUCUACAGUUGGACAGUCAGGCUUCGACGAGAAGGCCGAGGGUCACAAAGUACAGCAAAACUACGCUCACGCCCGGAGGCUCAACGGAUUCUGUUACGGAGAGAAGUCUUCUUACGGCCACGUAUCGGCUGCUAGGAGGCGGCGGGGAAACAUGCAUCCUACUCACGGUGGACGCCCUCCUUGAUAUCUCCUAUCUUACCAAGCUUAACGAACGUGCUGACGCGAACACGUUUGUGCCUAACAACGCAAACGUCGCCGGUGUGUGUAAGGAGGGCGACGCUGAGACCCUAGUGCUAUCCUUUAAAGAGUUCUCCUUAGAAUGGUCAUUCGCUAAGACUCCAGGUGGUGAGCGUUGGUAUGCGGACAGCAUAAGACUGACCUACAACUCAAGCUCCCGUAUAUUGGAGCAUGCAGCUCAACAAGGACGAAGAGUGACCCUCAGUACUGGAUCCAGGGCUUUACUCUUCCCUACGCCUGUUGGGAAGUCGUUUUUCUGUCCAGAUGAGACCAUAAUCGAAUUGACAGAACUCGACACAAACUCGAACAUCGCUCAUCGCGCAAAGCUCUACCUACGACAAAUGCGUCUGCAAGCGUUCAUGUUCAAACGUGACGGUGAGUUCGGACCUCCUUGGCAUUGUUCGGACUCCGCUCGGACAAGGUCCGAAGCGGUCCCGGUAGCAGUGGGUGCAGCGUUAGCAAUAGCCACUGCGGGUACUUUGGUCGGUUACGCGAUUUGGCGCUACUUGAAAGUCAAGAAGGUUCAAUACGACACCAUGGAGUAA